AUGUCGCGUCCUGACGCCGCUCCCCGCGCCCUCGGAAACGCGACGACGCACGCCCAAGCCCCAUGGCGAGUCUCGGCGUACCGGGGGCAGGAUCAGAUCGCGUCGGGGUCGCGCCGUGUCGUGCGCGGCGACGAGCCGCGACGCGCGUUUGGCGGCGACUUCGACAGGGACGCCCAUGGGGACGAGCACGAGCAUGCUGGCACGUCUAGGGCUGUUGCUGGGCACGCCAGGACCACCCGGGUCGACCAGCUCGAGUCGGCGCAAUCGCCCCGGCGUCGCAUUCACGGGCUGCAAGGCCUCCUCGAGUCGCACAAGGGCGCGUACGCGUGA